UGAUAAAUUUAGAUGUGACAACGCCGAUGCGCGAAUCGCGAAUCAAUGCGAAUUCAGUGAACAUGAACUUGAUUAUUCUCGACUAGGGCAUGUUUGUUUUCCCAAACAGCCGGUCGGGUUUUUGCUCCGCUUUCAACAACAUUACCGAGCCACCAAAACAAUACUAAUUUCUCGCUAGCGACCUAAUCGAAAGUAAACGGAAAAAAGCAUGAGCGGAGCCGUAUACGGCGGAGAUGAAGUCGGCGCAUUGGUCUUCGACAUCGGCCACAACACGGUCAGGGCUGGUUACGCGGGCGAAGACAGCCCAAAGGUUGACAUCACUUCCACCAUAGGCGUUUGGCUCGAUUCCGAGGAUGACAUCCCCAUAACGAGAUACAACAUCGGCCUGCUGGCCAUACACGUAUGGAGACCCGAGAUGGAACUGGCCUCGUUCCUGAAGGACGGCAUGGUCGAGAACUGGGACAUGUUCGAGAACUUCAUGGACUACGUGUACAACAACGCCCUGCGGGCCAUCCCGAAGGACCACCCGAUCCUCAUAACGGAGCCGCCGUGGAUAACGUCCUCGAAGCGCGAAGAGAUGACCGAGCUGAUGUUCGAGAAGUACGGCGUGCCGGCCGUCUACCUCGCCAAGAACGCCAGCCUGGCGGCCUUCGCCAACGGCAGGCCCACCUGCCUCGUCGUCGACAGCGGGGCCACCCACACUUCGGCCGUACCGGUCCACGAAGGAUACGUAUUGACCCAAGCUGUCGUGAAGUCGCCCGUGGGGGGCGAUUAUCUCAGCUCCCAAUGCCACACUCACUUGACCGAGAGAGGCAUCGAGAUCGUUCCGCCCAGCAUGGUCGCCUGGAAGGAAGUCACCAAGCCCGAAGAACCGCCGAUUUGGAAGAAGCGACUCGUGCCGGCCAAUUUGACGGAGUCUUGGUACAAUUUUAUGAUUAAGGAGGUAAUGCAAGAUUUCCAAGCGUCCGUUCUGCAAGUUUCCGAUGUAUCGUACGAUGAGGAGAUAGUGAAGACUAUGCCGGCCAAUCAUUACGAGUUUCCUAAUGGUUACCAUCGGGAUUUCGGUGUGGAGCGAUUCAAGAUACCGGAGCCGCUGUUCAACCCCACAACGGGCGCUAAAGCUGGUAUUCAGCCCAUUUUGGGUGUCGGGUCUCUGGUCACUACAAGUGUCGGUAUGUGCGACAUUGAUAUUAGACCGGCCAUGUACGGGAGUGUCGUUGUAACCGGAGGAAAUUCCAGUCUUCAAGGUUUCACCGAACGACUGAAUCGUGAUUUGGCUGCGAAGACUCCACCGAGCAUGCGUUUGAAAAUAAUAAGCGCUCCGGGAGUGUCCGAACGUCGGUUUGGGGCUUGGACUGGUGGUUCGAUAUUGAGUUCCUUGGGGUCAUUCCAACAGCUUUGGGUGUCGAAGCAAGAGUACGAAGAGACUGAAUUUCCUGUUCCUUUUCCCGAGAAACAAAUAUCGAAAAUCCCUUACAGCUGGUGAAAUCAGAAAUUACCUAAUAAAGGAAGGACAUUCCAAAUAAUUGAAGAAGGAAAGAAUUGUUCCUGAAUGAGAAUUUCAUGAACUCUACAGAAGAGUAAAAGGAUAUCACAAAUGAAAGUAAAAAUUAUUUAUCAUUUCACUUUUAUUAUAAAAGAAAAUAACAAUAUUCAAAUCAAACUUCUCAUCUAUAUCGCGAAAAAUACAGUUCAUUUAAAAGUUGUAUAGAAAAAUAUCUUCCUGCUCUUGUACUUACAUUUAACUCAGGCUCUAAGGCAAAACUUUUCCAACUACCGCGACAAAUCGAUCAAUAAAUACUAAAACUUUCAGAAAGUAUUCAAAUAAUAUAUUUUCGUCUUCUAAAUUGUAAAGAAAUAACAAGUUUUAAAUAAAUUCGAUAGGUAUAUUUUAUAGGCAGUAUAUUUUUUUCAAACGAAAAGUAACAUAAACGGGACAAAUAAAAUUAAUACAUGAGCUGGACGGACAUCGAAUAUAAAAUACAUCAGAUACAUUUAAAAUACAUUGACAUAUUCUUAAUUGUGAGUCGCAUAUUUAGAGAGGGAUUGAUUAAUGUUUACGGUUAAAAAUUCUAUUAGUUCCUUUACCGAAACACAAUGACUAAUUUAAGAUCAAACUUUUGGUAUUUACAAAAGCUAUAAGUACGAUAUUAAAAGAACAUCAAACGCUAAUAAAGCAAACAUGUUGAGCAGGGCAUUUGUAAAAUCGAUGGGGAAGGAUACACUACACUUAUUAUUAACAAUGGAGAAGUAUUAUCUACUUUUUUCGUAUUUGAGAAACUUAAAAUUAUUCUUUUAUGGACAUUGAAAUGUUGCAUACAAUCAUAUCCUGGGCAAAACUUAUCUAUGUCAAAAGCCUUAGAUCAUCCAGAUACAAUUACACAAACUGUAUUAUUUGGAGAUAACUGUAAAACAAUUUUUUGAAAAAACAAAAAAAAUUCACAACUACACAAAAACAAACUCAACAAAAUUAAGUAGAAAACCACGAAGGUAACUAAAUUCGACGAAAAAUGAAAAUAACACGAGCCGAUAAGUAAAAACUCAGACUUCACUCAGUCUUCUCUUCUUUGUUAGGCAAACAGGCUUCCGAAUCCGUAGGGGGUACUGAAACAAUUGGACUACUCUCUUGGACUAUUGAACUACUCUCUUGGACUGUAAAAGAAAAAAACGUCAACACAUAUUUUAAAUAAAAAAACAUAAACUGUACCUAGAUCGUUAGAAUGUGAGGUGGAAUUCGAAAUCGUUUCAGAGCACUCCGAAUCUACUUCAUGUGCUGUGGUAGAAGCUAUACUUGGUACACAUUCUACCUCUAAUUUCUCAACAAUGUUCAACUCUGGUUCGCUCAGAGCAACACUCACCUGCACCUAAAAAUAGUAAUGAAUAAAAUAAUCGAUACUUUUAGUACAAGUUUGUAGCUUACUUCAUCUUUCGAAAGCUCAGAUUUACUAGAAUCGCCGGAACAUUCUCCACCGGGAGCGUCCGAUUGAUUGUUUAAAUUCGACACAGGAGCACCCUCAACGCAUUCCUUCGAACCGGCAUCCUCUUCCACCGGCGUGUCCGUAGUGAUAUUAUGCGCUUUGAGCUGUUGCAAAUAAUAAGCUCGCUCCGUUUGCAGUGUCCUGCACAAUUUCUCCAAGGCUUCGACUUUUUUCUGCGUAAUCUUCAGGUCGUUGGACGUGGUUUGGUUCAUUUCAGUCAAUUGGAGGCACUUUUGGGUGCUCCCUUUCCAGCGACCGUGCCAUUCGUUCCUGUCCCUCUCCAAUAUGGCGUUAGCCUUUUGCAUCUUCGUCAUUUCAUCUUUAAC